UUCCCCCUUUAAUGUCUGACGUCUCCGAGCGAGAAGUUUGAAGUAAAGCGGCGAUGCUGCCAUUAAAUGUUCCAAAAUAUCCUUCUUCAUAGUUGGCGGCGUGCUGGUUUUCUUCGACGUUCCCCGUGAAAGAAGUAUUGUGAACGUUUCCAGGCUGGUUUUGUUGACUUUUUUUUUUUUUUGAAGCCCCGCAAAGAGGAAAUUGUGGAACAUUUGUGUCUUUCCGCCGGGACUUUCACAACUCUGCUCUCUCUUGAAAUGGUGGGAGUGUUAAACUUGACAAAUGUUUGCCAAGAGGAGCUUCUAGGCAUGAGCUGCAAGGCGGACAGAGGUCUCGACAGUCCGGACUCCGGCUUGCCGCCCAGUCCGAGUCCCGGCAACUGGCUGCUGCCGGCGGACAAAGCCCGCGGCGUGAGUCCGCUGCCCGAAGAUGAUGGACGCAACUCCGCGGUUUCCGUUUACUCCAGCGGUUCCUCGCUGCGGCCGUUGUCGUACGGAGAGGGUAUAUCAGUCGAUCCCAAACCUGAAGAAGUAAGGUACACCUCGUCCGUGCGCUACGACUCCGAGCGCCACUUCAUCCAGACCGUGGCCCUGGAGCCCCGGGGCCGGGCGCUGGAGCGCUGCGCCCAGACGGUGACCGCCGUGUCGCACGGCACGUGGCGGCGCUACAAGACUCAGCUGGACUUCACGCCCCGCCAGCGGCCGCAGAGUUUCCAGAGCACGGCCGUGGUCUACCCCAAGAAGGCCAGCGCCGCCUACGCCACCGAGCUGAGCUUCGACCGCCGCCGGCGAGCCCGACGCUUCCUCUCCAGCGUGGAGUUGGAGUGCGGCAGCAAGUGAGGGAGAUUCUUCUGCACUGUCGGAAAACCUGCUGUUUUUUUUUUUGUUUUUUUUAAUUUAGUCCUCAACUUUCCCCGGAAAUUGAGCAGAAAUCCUUUUUAUUGUGUUUUUAAUGAACUCAUUGAGGAGUGGAAGACUUUCACCAGGGUGCAGCACUUUUUAGUCACGUUUUUGUGUGUACUUCUGCACUAAUUGAGCACAAAAUGAUCUCUUCUUGCAUCCUCCGGCUAGUAUUCAGCAUUCAUUUGAUAAAAGGGACUUUUGUGGGACGUCUGAGAAAGUGAGGUGACAAGCAUUCUUCACACCAGGGGGACAAACUGUUUCCGCUUCACAUCUUUUUUAGUGACAGUAUUUAUUUUAUUCUUCGAGGAUGUCAGAUUUUUUUACCUUAAUAGAUAUAUUUGCAAUAUUUUUGUUGUGUAACGGUGACUUUUUGAUGAGUUUGAAAUAAAAUCAAAUGUCAUUCUCUA